CUCCCUUUCUGUCUUUCGGCUAUAAAUAUUCCCCUACCUUUAAGUGCUUUGCCAUCCACCGCUGUCUGUUCCAUAUUACCAGAAGACAACCCUCCACAGUCCGCACGACCAUGACGAGCUCGAUGUCAGCCCGAAGCUUUUCCAGCUCCCGCCCGUACUCAUCCCUGUCCCUGUCAGGGGGGUACUCCCAGCGCAUCUCCGGGGCGCGGGCACCAAGCGUGUAUGGAGGAGCAGGGGGAAAUAGCGUUCGCGUCUCCUAUAGCGCUGGAACCAAAAGCGGCUUUGAUCUGGCCAGUGCCCUCGCAGGUGGGUCCUCAGCUGUCAGCGAUGUUGGCAUCUCUGUCAACGAGAAGGCCACCAUGCAGAACCUCAAUGACCGCCUGGCCAGCUAUCUGGAGAAGGUUCGCUCCCUGGAGUCUGCGAACGCCCAGCUUGAGCGGCAGAUCCGGGAGUGGUAUGAGAAGAAAACCCCGGUUACCAGGGACUACAGUAAAUAUGAGAAGAUCAUUGCAGAACUUCGUGGAAAGAUCAGUGUUGCCAGUAUGGACAAUGCAAGAAUUAUACUCCAGAUUGACAAUGCCAAACUUGCUGCAGAGGACUUCAGAGUCAAGUUUGAGAGUGAGCUGGUCAUGCGACAGUCAGUGGAGGCCGAUAUUGCUGGGCUCAGAAAGGUUCUGGACGAGCUGACCAUGACCCGGUCAGACCUGGAGAUGCAGAUUGAGGGCCUGAGAGAGGAGCUUAUCUUCUUGAAGAAGAACCAUGAGGAGGAGAUGGCUGCCCUGCGGGCCCAUAUGAGUGGCAGUUCUGUGAAUGUGGAAGUGGACGCUGCACCUCAGCAAGACCUGGCACGGGUCAUGGAGGAGAUUCGAGCCCAGUAUGAGGGCAUCGUCGACAAGAACCGCCGGGAGAUGGAGAGCUGGUACAAGGGCAAGUUUGAUGAGUUGAACAAGCAGGUGUCCAGCAGCACAGAGCUCAUUCAGACAUCCCGCAGUGAGAUCACUGAGCUGAAGAGGACGCUGCAGUCAUUAGAGAUUGAGCUGCAGUCCCAGCUCAGCCUGAAAUCGGCACUGGAAGGAACGCUGGCAGACACUGAGUCUCGCUACAGCCUCCAGCUCAGUCAGCUCCAGGCAAUCAUCAACAACCUGGAGAUGGAGCUGUCCCAGGUGCGCAUGGACAUGGAACGGCAGGCCAAUGAGUACAAGAUGCUGCUGGACAUCAAGACCCGGCUGGAGAUGGAGAUCGCCGAGUACAGGAGGUUGCUGGAUGGAGAGGAUGUUGGGAGAUCUGCCAUCACUACCAAAAAGGUUGAAGUUGUUGAGGUCAAACCUGAUCCAGUCGUAACUAGGAAGGUGCGGACAGUGAUAGAGGAGGUUGUGGACGGCAAAGUGAUCUCUCGCUCUGAGGACGUGGACGUGAAGGUCGUGAGCAAGUAAAGACCCCUGUGCCUGACUCCUGAUGGUCCAACAGAUGUUCUGCAGUAAAGGCUACGAAACUGCUUCAUAACAACACUGACAAGUUUAAUGAGAUGAGAUGAGACUGUAAAGUGCAGUGGAAUUCCAACUAUGUACUAAUUUGCCCAUUGAUUGUUCAUCUGUUGCAAAAUUAAAAAAAAAUGUCUACAGUGGUA